AUGGCUCUGUCCGCAUACCGAAGCCUCAUGCGAUCGGCUAGGAUCGCUUUCCAAGGUGACGCUCCCAUCCUCGCCGCCGCUCAGGUCCAGAUCCGCAACGAGUUCCGACAGAAGGCCUCCCUCGAUCCCGCCGAUGCCAGUGUUCCCGCCGCCAUCCAGCACGCUGAACAGGUUGCCAAGGUUUUGCGCGAGAACGUCGUCCAGGGCAAAAAGAUUGAGGAAGGUCAGGACAAGUACAAACUACGGAUACAUGAACAUACUGAGAGGGGAGAUAACGAGUCCAUCAAGACAGCUGGCAGCGGCUCCGGAGGCUGCGGAUGCAGGUAA